AUGUCAGCAUGCAUGCGACCACGCCCGCUGGGCAACGUCCUGCAUAGACUGCCGCCCUUGUCCGGCCCUUCUCCCCAAGCCACCAGCCGACGAACAUACGCCGUUCAUUCCACGGGCGCCCCGCGGUUCCAAGUCUUCAACCGACGGACGAAAUGGCUUCAAAAGGAGCGCGCAGCUUCCAGGCCCCAGGAAAGCCGGCAGGCAGACUACCUGAAGGAUGAGGUGGCCGUCCGAGUCUCUGAGCGACUACUUGACAUCAACCGACACUUUCCCAAAGUCCUGGACCUGGGCGCCAACUCAUGCAACCUAGCCAGAGCGCUCGUCCGCGAGAACCCCGACCCCGACCCGUCCACGCCUACAUCACCGCCUCUAUCAGCGCGCAUAUCCGAAUUAAUCGCCGCCGACUCCUCCGAAACUCUCCUGUACCGCGACUCGGACCACGACUUCAACAGGAAGCUCCACAUUACGCGGCAAGUCCUGGAGGACGAAGAGAGCAUCCCCUUUGGGCCAGAUUCCUUUGACCUGGUCAUGAGCUCGCUCAGCCUGCACUGGAUCAACGACCUGCCCGGCGUCUUGUCCCAGAUCAACAGCAUUUUAAAACCAGACUCACCCUUCAUCGGAGCCAUGCUCGGCGGAGAUACGCUCUUUGAGCUCCGCACAUCCCUACAGCUCGCCGAUCUGGAGCGGAGGGGCGGCCUGUCCCCCCACGUAUCACCACUGGCGGACGUGCGGGACGUCGGCGGUUUGCUGCAAAAGGCUGGGUUCAAAAUGCUGACCGUCGACGUGGACGACAUCAUUGUCGACUACCCGGAUACCUUUGCGCUGAUGCGAGACCUCCAGGCCAUGGGGGAGAACAAUGCCAUCCUGGGCAGGGAAAUGGGCCCCAUCCGGAGAGACGUUCUCCUCGCGAAUGAAGCCAUCUAUAGAGAAUUGCACGGGAACCCAGACGGUUCUAUCCCGGCCACGUUUAGAAUCAUCUACAUGAUAGGCUGGAAGGAGGGUCAAGACCAGCCGCAGCCGCUGGCCAGGGGCAGCGGCGAAGUCAACUUGAAGGAUGUCCUGGAGAAGAAGCAGUAA